AUGACCGACUCACAAUCGACCGAGCCCUACACACCAAAUGCUGAGAAUCACAGAAGCCCAAAUGCCGCCACAGGGGACGAAGGUGAUUCCAGCCAGCAACCUCUCAUUGUCACCCCGCCGCCACAUGAAAAGCCCUUUGGAGUAGUAGACUUCACUCCACCAAAGGUAUCGCUUCGCGACACAGUUGAAGACACAAGUAGCAGUACAUCUGCUACAAGCCCCGGAUUCCUUCAGGUUUCAGAUUUCGGAGGUGAAUCGUACGAGGAAGAAACUGAAACUGACGAUGAGAGUUAUACUUUUUCGAGUGAUGACAUCGAUGCCAAUGAUGACAAUGACGACAUUGACGGACAUGGAUGUGACACAAUUGUUUCAACCCAAGUCUCAGUUGAAUCAGUGUCAUAUCUUUGGCAAUGCCCUUAUUGUGGGCGACGAGCAAGUCAGAAUUGUUGUCUUACUUGCAUGAUGGAAGAUGCAGUCUUUCCUGAGGAUUAUCUCAAUGCCCAGGUUGAUUCGGCAGGUCAGCCCAAUUCCAACAAUGACGAGAGUGACAAUUCCAACAAUGACGAGAGUGACAGGGAGCCAUGA